UUUUGUUGUUGUUUUUCCGUGUUUUUUUUAGGUUAUCUUGAAAAAAAUUAAAAAUUAUUGUAAAAAAUAUAGUGAAAGCUAAAAGUUAUCACUAGAAAGGGAUUUGAAAUGAUAAAUGUUGUGGUCUUCUCCACAAUUUGCUCCCUUGUUCUCACAAUUCUCCUUGGAAUUGAUGAAAUCGAGAGCGCCCAGAUUACCACAAAGGACAGAGAUUCCAUCUCCAUCAAUCACAACACCUACAACCCAUUGGGGCCCCUCGUGAAGUGUUCCUUCCUGCCCAGCGACUUUAUUGACUGCGAAGCCCCACAGCUGCGGGGCAACAACACGUAUGGGUGCAGUAAAUUCGGUGGGGUGUACUUUGAAGAUGUGGAGAAGACUUCCGUGAGGUGUACGGUGCUUCCGGAGAUUGAAUGCUACGGCGAGAGGACGUUCAUGCGUGAUGGGGUGCCGUGCAUCAAGUACACCGAUCACUACUUUGUCACGACGCUCAUCUACAGCCUCCUGCUGGGCUUCCUGGGCAUGGAUCGCUUCUGUCUGGGUCAAACGGGAACAGCUGUGGGGAAGCUCCUUACUCUCGGUGGCCUCGGUAUUUGGUGGAUUGUCGACAUUAUCCUCUUGGUGACCAACAACCUCCUGCCGGAAGAUGGAAGCAACUGGGUUCCGCAUGUAUAAAAAUCAACAAUUUUUGUAUAUGAAGAUUUAUUCCUUUUUCUUUUUAUUUAAUUUCUGCUAAUUGCUUGAACUUUUUAAGAAAAUAUUCCGAGAUUUUGCACAUUUUUGUUGUAUCUGCUGCACUUUCUUUUUUAGAAAAGGAAAAUUCUAAAUUACAAGCUAAUUUUCUACUUGAAACAGUAAACUCUUCUUUUUUUACAGUGAAACAGUGUGUAAAAUAUUUACAAUUUUGUCUGGAUCUGUUAAAAUUUCUUUAAAAUACGUUUUACACAUCAAAUCUUUGUACUCUAUCGCAUAUUCGUUAUGUGGAUAAAAUGAUGAUUUUCUUUUCAUCUCUGCAAUCAAAGAGAAAUUUUUUUGUAAAUAUAAAACAUUUAGAGAUAUUAGGAAGAACUGUACAGAAAGUAUUUAUUAAAAUUUAAAUAAUGUAGACUGUUAA